CUCCGGGGGGCGGGCCGGGCUGCCGCGGGCCCGGGGAAGGCUCCCGGGGGUGAGCCGAGGUCCCGGGCCGUCGAGGGCUCCGGCCAGCGUGCGGGAAUGAGCGGGUCCCUGGGCCGGGUGGCGGUGGCUCUGCUCCGCUGGGGGCGCGGCGCCGGCGGCGGCGGCCUUUGGGGCCCAGGCGUGCGGGCGGCGGGUUCGGGCGGCGGCGGGGGCGGCUCAGCCGAGCAACUGGACGCGCUGGUGAAGAAGGACAAGGUGGUGGUCUUCCUCAAGGGGACUCCGGAGCAGCCCCAGUGCGGCUUCAGCAACGCAGUGGUGCAGAUCCUGCGGCUGCACGGCGUCCGCGACUACGCGGCCUACAAUGUGCUGGACGACCCCCAGCUCCGGCAAGGGUGCAGUCACGAAGUAAGUUGCAAAAAAGGUAGUCAUGGCAUAAUGCCGUUCGUGUAUACAGACGUUACCGGUGUGAAACGGCCCGACGUGUUGCGGACACAUGUCAGUUAAACCCGGAUGGAAAUCCAGGCCCGGCCGUCUGCCAGCACUGUGACUUUGGUUAAAGAACUUCUCUGAGCCUCAGUUUCUUCCUCUGAUAAAUAGGGACUAAUUAUGCCUUCCCGGAAGGACUCUUACAAAGGUUAAGUGAGGGUAUGUAUUGAAAACACUUAAAGAAUGUGAAAUUCAGUAACCCUAUCAGCAAGUGCCUGGCACACCUGAUUGGUAUUUUUCCAGCAUUCUUCUCUGGGCGUCCUUUGUUGCACGUAUUUCUAGAGAGGCAGGACUUGAAGGGUGGAGUAGGGGGCAUUGGUGGAGAGGAGAGCGUAUCCGCCUUGCACCUGGAAUGUGCAAGCUCAAUCCUUUCACCAAUUAGGUCUCAAUUCAUCUUUGUAAUAAAUCCGUGAGGCAUGGAUUUCUUCCCACUUCCCAGGUAGGGAGACUGAGGCUAAGACAUGAGCAAAUUUAUCUGAAGCUACAUCUGCAAGCUAGCAAGCCACAGUCGGCUGCCCUUAAAGCCAUUGCUUUGUUCACUCUGUCCCCAGCCUUUGCUUUUCCCCUGUUGAGGGUCUCUCGUUUCUCUUGCUCUCUCUGCUCAGGUGAUCUCAUGGGGGUGCUGACAUCACUGUUUCCUAGGAGGACUUCAGGAGGAGGUGAUGUGACUUGCCCCAGGCAGAGUUAACCUGCAUCAGACUCGGAAGCUCCUAUGGUGAAAAUCUACCAGGAAAAAAAAAAAGGAAACUCUUAUCAUUUGUUUGUUGUCCAAACCGGGAACGAAGUCUAUGUUCCGAAAUGGGAUGAAUUUUGAAAAGUCCCUUUCGAAAGUUCUGGAAGUACUUUUUUUCCACUCUGGUUUGAUGCUUUGGAAUAUUAAUUUUUUUGGUGGGGCAGUAGGUAGAGGUAGAACCGGUUUUGUAAGACCACCUCCUUCGUCACUCCAAAUUCCUAGUGUCACCCUAUGUAGAACUUCGCAGUCAGUACUUUUGUCCCAAAUUGAAUCAUUGUCACCUAUCAUCUUUAAAAUAGCAUUGUCAUUAAAAUCCGCUCUUGGAUACGA